GAGUACGGAGUAGUGACCAUUGGUUGGGAUGAGUACGGAGUAGUGGCCAUUGGUUGGGAUGAGUACAGAGUAGUGGCCAUUGGUUGGGAUGAGUAUGGAGUAGUGACCAUUGGUUGGGAUGAGUACGGGGUAGUGGCCAUUGGUUGGGAUGAGUAUGGAGCAGUGACCAUUGGUUGGAAUGAGUAUGGAGUAGUGGCCAUUGGUUGGGAUGAGUAUGGAGUGGUGGCCAUUGGUUUUAGCAGUUACUAGAUCAUUAGUGAGGUUUAGUAGGGCAGUGUCAGUGGAGUGUAUGAGGUGGGAGGAGCUCAGGCGAUUG